UCCUUUGGAGGAUACGGUUGGACUUCGGAAAAUACUCUAACCGCUCCGGCUCCGAUUUCCUCGCGUCCAAGGAAGCUGCAGCGAGCCAGCCAUGGACGGCCCAGCCCGGUCGACCUCGAGCCACGCCCGCAUCCUCGCCAGCUUGCCUAUAAGCGCCGCCACGGCGCCUGGUAGCGCUCCCAAAACGCCCACCACGCCGCCAGUCGCAACCGCACACCAGCCCUCGCAACCCACCACCACGUCCGAGACGUCCGAGAUGGAGGAGUUCCUCGCCGCGUACCUGCUGCCGUGCCUGGGCGCCGACGCCGCCACUGGACAGAGGGUUGACGUGCUCCCGGGCCCGGCCACCGCGCUCCCGACCAAGGACGACGUGCGUCGCAUCCUGAGAUCCGUCAGCGCCGAGGUGGAGGAGGAUCGCCUCGACCUGGUCUUCGCCCUCCUCGAGGUUAAGGGCAUCGCCGAGCUGAUCUACACGGGCGGGGAGCAGCUGGCCUACGCGCCGUCAGGAGCCGCUGCUGCCGUGGUUGCCGCUCCUGCCGCUGCCGAGGUCGAGGAGGAGGCCACGAAGGAGGAGGAUGAGGACGUCGCCCUCUUCAACCUCUUCGACUGAUCGUGCACCCUACGUGGACCGAUCGAUGCCAUCCUCGCCCGCCCGCCCUUGCUGCUCUGAUUGUAGUACCGUAUUACUGUAGUAAUAAAACCAUGGUGCCCUUGCUGUCUAGAUCCGAGAUAGAGCCUGUGUUUGAUGCCGAUCGAAAGGUUUUGGCCGGAUAUCUUGCUGAUCGGAGAUUGAUCUGAGGCUGUUCUAAUCAAUUCCAGUAGUUAAUACAUGAUUUUAAUUGUUUGUGUUU